AUGCUGGUGUUUGGACACGAGUUCAGGACGCAUGGUCCUCUCGCCAGACUGGAUGGCAGGGAAGGUGGCGGAAAGGGCCAGUGGGCAGCGCUUGUGCGUGACGAGCGGCUUGCAAAGGAAGCGGACACAGCAGCUUCAGGCAACGACGGGCGGCGGGAAACCGUCGCUAUUUGUCGCCAGCAGCUUGUGGAGCAGCGAGAUCCACGGACGGGUAUGCUGUAUACCGGUAUGUUCAGGCAUCGCAACGUGGAGAUUUCCAAGUGGGGCGCGGCUUUGAAGAUCGAGUCGGCUCAGUGCAACGGAGACGACGGCAAAAGAUCCGCAACGAGUGACUCGCACUUACUUGCGACGGAGCAACGUUCUCUCACCGCUGGGCUGAGCGUGGGCUUCUCGUUGGAGGAUGUUGCAGUAUUCGUACCCGUCCUUCCGAUCAACUUUGGUCGUCACGUGGGCUGGCUAGACCAUGGCAGAGAUGUCAUCUCUAGCGAAGUUCGCCAAGCGCAUUCACGUGCGCGUCUCGCUAAGGCCGCCGACCGCGAACAACUCGACACGGGACUGCAGCCGGACAGCGCGGACAGGGGCAGUGAGAUCUACCGCCAGCGUCGCCUCAAGCGCAGCCACCAGCUCAUGAACAGCCAGGACGACGGCAGCUUCUCCACGCUCAGCUCCCCGCGCGGAGAGCAGCAGCAACUUCUGUGCAAGUACAAGUCCGGCAAGUGCUCGAACCCGCGCGCCACCAAGCGCAACGGACAGCUUCAUACUCUAUGCCAUUUCCAUCGGGAUCGCCAAAACGAGCACCAGCGCAAGAGCGACCGUAAGCACCGCAUGGUCAGCGUCGCCAGGCGGGCCAAGCUCGGCAGUAUCGGUGUCGGCAGCGACAGCACGCGUCGGCAUAGUCUGCACUCCAUCACGUCGCUCGAAGCUGCCUUCCCAAAUGGAUCUUCCGUCUCGCCGCUGAACCGAUUUGGCUACGAUCAGAACGCGUCGGACGCCUUCAGGAAUGCCCAAUAUGCUACAGGCGGCGUACCCAACGGACUAGGAGGAUUGGCGCCGCCGCCGCCUGUAGGAACCCCACGCUUGCCGCCCAUUAGUUUUCUCAUGCCUGGCAAGUUGGAUGGCUAUCGCGCCACUAGUGCCGCCAUGCCCAACCUUCCGCCCAGCACCUUCAUCACUGAUAGUCUGAACGGCAACGCGGGCAAGACGGCAUGAUCCAGUGAUCAUUUUUGGCACGUAGCUCGCAGCUGCUGCUAUCUGCAGAAUUCUAUUCAGCUCGCUCGCACGUUCGACUCGCUUUGCGCAGGGCAUCAUCGCCUUCAAGCUACUGCGGAGACGCAGAUCCAUCGCAUUCACCGCUACUGAAGGGACGAAGUGUACCAUACCUCUCCAAACCACGCACCACCCCUGCCAUCGCUGUUAUUUAACCACUUGGUUCCACAAAUGCACACAAAUACAUGA